GCUUCAGGCUCGAAUUGCUCACAGAAUCCAGGAACUGGAGAACUUGCCUGGUUCUCUGCCUCCUGAUCUGCGAACCAAAGCUACAGUGGAGUUGAAGGCACUUAGGUUACUGAAUUUCCAGCGCCAGCUAAGACAAGAGGUAGUAGCCUGCAUGCGUCGUGACACAACGCUGGAGACAGCACUGAACUCCAAAGCCUACAAACGAAGCAAACGCCAGACUUUGAGGGAGGCCCGUAUGACAGAAAAGCUUGAGAAGCAGCAGAAGAUAGAACAAGAGAGGAAGCGUAGGCAGAAGCAUCAGGAGUACCUGAAUAGCAUAUUGCAGCAUGCUAAAGAUUUUAAAGAAUACCACCGGUCAGUUGCUGGGAAAAUUCAGAAACUUUCUAAAGCUGUGGCAACUUGGCAUGCCAACACUGAGCGUGAGCAGAAAAAAGAAACUGAGAGAAUCGAGAAAGAAAGAAUGAGGAGACUAAUG